UAAACUUUAAAGAGAUUUAAGCCUCACAUACCUAAUCUGCUAAUCUGAUCUCUGAGAAUGGAAGAAGUGAAGCUACUUGGAUUAUUUGCCAGCCCAUUCCUUUGGAGAGUCAUCUGGGCUCUCAAACUGAAAGGUGUAGCUUUUGAAUACAUAGAGGAGGACCUCUCCAACAAGAGUGAAUUGCUUUUGAAGUCCAACCCAGUUCACAAGAAGAUCCCAGUUCUUAUUCAUAAGGGAAAACCAAUCUCAGAAUCCACAAUAAUUCUUGAAUACAUCGAAGAGACAUGGCCGGAGAAUCCACUGCUGCCCCAAGAUCCUUAUGAGAGAACCAUAACUCGUUUCUGGACCAAAUUUGGAGAGGACAAGAUCUUGGCGUUGGGUGGAUUCUUCCGAGAAGUUGGGGAAGAACAGGAGAAGGCAAUAAAGGAUUGCUUGGAAGCCUUGAAAACUUUAGAAGAACAAGGGCUUGGAAAGAAGAAAUUUUUCGAUGGUGAUGCCCUUGGAAUGACGGAUUUGACCUAUGGGUGGAUUGUUUAUUGGAUGGGAGUGAUGGAAGAGGCUGUGGGAGUGAAGUUGGUGGAGGAACAUAACUUCCCUCGCCUAUGUGCAUGGGCUGAGAACUUCAAGUCAGUCCCUGCGAUCAAAGAUAAUCUCCCUGACCGUGGCAAGGUGUUGGCCUAUUUCAAGAGAAUAAGAGAGAUGUUUAUUGAAUCUUUUCAUCAUAAUCAUCAUUAGAAAUUUUCAAAUUUUCCUUGAGAAUGAAGAAGCCCUCAUCAGCUUUUUUUAAUAGAGUUCUCAUGGAGAUUUUGUUGCUUAUGUAUAAGGUAUAUAUCAUGGAAAAUUUUGGCUGAAAACAAAUAAAUAAAGAGGUUUCUUUUUUGUUGGUAGAAAGGAAAUAGCAUAUACAUGUGCAAGAACUGGUUGUUCGAAUUGAUCAA